AUGUACAAUGAAAUAAAAGAACCUUCAUAUAUUACGGCGGAAGGAGGCACUCUAGUAGAAGCAGCAGAUGACCUAAAUCAAGGUAAUUUUGCCUACGCACUUGCAAUAGAAGCAAUCUCUUCCGAAAUCAUCACAGAUAUGCCUGAUGAGAAAGAGACUUGCAAUAUCUGUUUGAACGAUGGCAUCAAUGCUGAUCAAAUGUUCUCCAUUGAUAAAUGUGGUCAUAUGUUUUGUUCUGAAUGUGUGAAAAGUCAUAUAGAGGUGAGACUAGCCAUGGGAAGUCUAAUGACAUGUCCUGGUUAUCAAUGCAAAUCUAGGUUGACUUAUAGAUAUUGUGUCAACCUUUUGACACCUAAACUAAAAAAGAUGUGGGGCAAAAGGUUCAAAGAAGAUAAAAUUCUUGUAACAAAAAGUGUUUACUGUCCAAAUCCGAGGUGCUCGACUUUAAUGUCGGAAACCAAUCUCUUUGAACUUAUUGGAGUUAGGAGUUGCUGUGUAAAAUGCGGUGAACCCUUUUGCAUCAACUGCAAAGUUCCUUGGCAUAAUAACUUGUCGUGCGACCAGUACAAGUGGCUACAUCCAAAUCCUACAGAAUACGAUGGAAUGCUGAAAGAUCUAGCAAAUGAGAAAUUGUGGCGUCAAUGCAGAAAAUGUAAACACAUGAUUGAACUUGCUCAUGGAUGCGUCAGUGUAAUUUGCAGAUGUGGACAUAAUUUUUGCUACCGAUGUGGAGCCGAUGCUGGAGGUUGCUGGCAUGGUCAUGGCUUUCCUGUUACGGAUAAUUUUUUUUUGACAAUACGUUGUUGUUUGUGCUGCAUUUUUCUUUUGUUUUUGGUGAUAAUCGCUAUUGUUGUUGUUAUUAUAAGAUUCCUCAUAAGACGGUUCUCAUAA